UAUACAAUCAGUGGAACGUCAAGAGCUUUGUAGUUUUGGGCGCUUUCCUAGUGACACUCGUAGGCUUUGGGACACAUUUUGAAGAUGAAGAACCGGUGGUGGAGAGGUGACAACUCAUUCAAUGCCACUAUUUCUUUUCUUGCUAUCAAGUAUCAACCUUUAAGCACUUGAUGGACUCUCUUUCUCUGCAUUCUUUUCGCCGGAGAAUAAUACCAAAAUGGGUGUGGGUUUUAGGCCAAGUGUCAAGUGCGGUUUUCCAAUUCGCUCUGUCUUCAAUUCACCAUCCAGGCUCCCUUCUUCUUCUGUUAAAGGCAGGGAGGCUUCUUUCAACCUGACGAGGCUCUCUUUUCUGUCUGUUAUUUCUGAAGAGGGUGACAUUUUGUAUAGAGAUCCUUUCAAGGCUUAUGCUUAUUCACCUGCAAUGCAAAUCUUAGAGAAUGGGCAUUCUCAAGUGGAAGGAGCUAAGACGAUUUUUGAUAAAGGAUCUCAUAACACGAUUGAUGAUGCUGAAGUGUUGUCUGUUAAAUAUGACAUUCGUGUUCCCUCUUCAAGCUCAAAAGAGAAGAAUUCAAGGUUUAGUUUGUUAUUGGAAAAUCUUAAUAUCUUAGAGGAGUCUUUUGCUGAUUCUGAUGCACUGAAUUUGGAAAGGGAUAUUCUGCUACAAUUAGGAAGACUUGGAGCUCUAAAAUUAUUCAAUACAUGCCUGAUGAGGACCCUUGCUGAUGUUCCUACUGAAAAUAUUGGAGAGUGUAAAAUUAAUAACGCAUCAAAUGAUCUUGUAAAUGAAGUCAUUACACGGGUUUCCAAGAUUUACACGGCCCGUGUACUUUAUUUCUUCCUUGGUUCUCUAGAUUUUUUCUAGCAGAAUGUUACACGGGUCUGUGUUUGUGCUUGCAUGACCCGUGUCCUUUGUUUCUUCUUCGGUUCUCUGUCCUUCGACCUUUCCAAGUUUCCUUCCACACUU